AUAUGCUCUCACAGUAUUGCAGUUGCUCAUAAAAUUGGUGUACUCGACCGUCAUAUAAUGUGGCUCCAAAGCCAAGCAGGGUCAAACAAGGGGCUCACAGGCCUCACUACCAGCAAAACUAAACAGACAGGAAAAAAGUCUGAAAACAGAGUGAGACACAACAAAGAGGUGGUAAGGUGCCCUCCAUUGGAGGACAUAAAUCCUACGUUUUCGGCUCAAUUUACUCAACCAUAUCACAAUAAUAACAAAUUAAAGAUUAUCAAAAAAGGAGGUAAGAGAGGAGAGGGCAUCUUGUUUAUCAUGUAAAAUCGAUAUAUCGAAUAUGUUGUCGACGCAAAACCCCCUAAUGACAUUGUCAUUCAUCAUAAGGGGAAGUGGAGUUAUUUUGACAAGAAAACUAAAGAGAAAAAAAAUUCCACUAAGGAAACUGAUUAUUAUGUUCAUGUUGACAGAAAAUGUGUUGUAAGUGCUUUUCCAUAUUUUACUCCUGAACUAAUCGAAACUCCAAUAUUUCCUAUUUUAGCUGUACAUAGAAACCUUCUACUUACCGAAUUAUAUAGGAUAUGAUGUCACAGCCAGUCAUUGAUCAGAAUUUGACAAAAAAUGGGACUUCGUCAUUUUCAGGGAACUUUCUCAUGUAUAAAGUCAAUGGCAGGUUUGGUUAUUGCCAAGUUUCUCAAAGUUUGUCCUUAUACUUGAUCAUUUCUUGAAAUGAAUUACAUCAUGACUAGAUUUAAGCAUUCCCUACAUAUUGCUCAAUAUAUGUCAGCAUCAAAUAACAUUUUUUAUAUAUUUGACGUCAACAACCA